AUGAUUGAUCAUGCUGGAUCUGAGAAUGCAGCAGCGAAUCAAAAAGUAAUUAAAAGCUAUUAUGAUUUCGGUAAAGCUGUAUCAGAAUGUCACAAUUAUUAUAUACGAGAAAAAAAGAAAUGGAUACCUGCGGCUCAACGUCUAGUCAAAGAAGAAAUCCCCCAACAUCUUAGUUUACUUUGUAGAAUUGCAAUGAGACAAAAGAUCGACCGUUUUGAUUCUGGAACUUAUUAUGCUGAGGGUGACACCACUUCUGAUUUCGAUACCAAUUCUGAACCCGAACCUAAAUCUCAGCCUAAGAAUAACAAUCUUUUUGAAGGAAGUGCACCAUAA